CUCAAAUUUUUUCAACCAUUCAAAUUCGUGAUUUCGAAUCAGAUAUUUGCUUGAACAACCAAUUUAAAAACUUCAGUAAAAUAUGUAUUGCUGGCAUUUGGAAUAGAUAUUCAAAAUGUCAUUCAACAGAAUAUUGGUUCAAAAAAAAUUACCAUCUAUGGAAUGAAAUGUAUAUGGAAAAUUCAGAAUCAAUGUAUACCAUAAAAUCAAUAAUAGAUAAGUAUGGAGAGAUAAUCUCCGGAUUAAAUGUAUCAAAAUCUGUUCAAGAACACUUGCAGAAUAACUUUUGUCUCGGUAUUCAAUCUGCUGGAAAGCAUAAUGUUGCGCUAAAUAAAGCAAUAAUACAUAACGCAAUAGUAGCUUAUCCAAAUAAAAUUUAUCAUGACAGCCAUUUAGUUGAUGGGAUAAAAAAUGGUCAAGAUUUAUUAGGCGGUUGUACGAAACUGGAAAGAGAUAAUGACGAUUUUUGGAUAAUGAUUGACCUAAUUGAAAUGUACACUAUAAGAGAAAUAAUUAUGUAUCCACCUAACAUUUCAGGCUAUAAUGAGAAAAUGAGUAUAUUCGUCACGAAUUGGACUGAUUCUAGCGAUGUGUGCAUUGAAAACGCAGUGUUACAUUCUAUGAAUAAGACAAGCAAAUUUACGUGCCAGAGUGAUAUAUAUUUAGCCCGCUUUAUCAAUAUUUCUCUUCCGGAAAUAUCUAAUAUAACAAUAUGCGAAAUUGAAGCUUAUUGUGAUAAUUUAGCGCUGAACGCCGACGUUUUCGUUUCAAAUGUCAAAUCCGGAUCAUACGCCUAUGCCGAAUAUCCUCUUCAGGAAAAGCAUUUAUCGAAAAAGUACACUUCUUCUUCAACCUCAGCACAAAAUGGCAAUUUCUUCUACGCCAUGUUUUUAAAAGGAAAAUUUCUAAUCUAUGGAAUAGAUUUAUAUGGAAUUUCUAUUUCUACAGAAUUUCAAAUAUUUGUGACAAAUAGAAAUUUUCUAUUAGAUAAAACUUUAUUAAAGAGCGAAGAAUGCUGUAAAAUAUCAAAAAUUUUGGUUGAAGACGAUAUAAGUCUCUCCUGUGUCUAUCCUCUAAUUGGUGAAUUUGUAAUCAUUAGCAGUAACUAUAGCAACCAUAAUAGCAUAGUUAUUUCAAGAAUUGAAAUUAGAGGAUUAACAAUUGACAAAGCAGACUUUGUAAAUAAUGCAUUUGGAAAACCGGCUUGGUUCUCUUCGACACUAUUCAUACCUGGUCAUGCUGAAGAGCCAUUCUAUGCAACCUUUGCAACAGAUGGAUUUACCAAACAUCAUUUCUCACUCAGUAAACCAAAAGCUUGGUUGUUGGUUGAUCUUUUAAGGAUAGUUAGAGUUGAUUACACAGCAAUAAAAUUGAGGCAUAUCAUUUACAAAAGUCAGAGAUAUACAACUCUAAAUUUUAAAAUAUUAGAAACUAUAAAUGAAGACGUGAACAAAUUUGUGAAAAUAGACGCUUCAGAAUGUUCUUCUGGAGAUCUUGAUAACUUUUCAGCAAAAUCUGGUAGUAUUUUCGUAUGGAAAUGUUCUCCCAACAAAAUUGGCCGUUUUCUAUUGAUAUAUUCUCUAAGUCAAAACGUGGAAGUAUACGAGCUGUAUAUAAUUGGACUAUCUUUCGACAACAAAUACUUUUCCUCCAUAGAAAUUCCAAUGGAGGAAGCAUUUGCAAACAACAAUUCUUUUUGGGAUUACGACAAUUCUCCACUAAAAGUUAUUGAUGGAAACUUUUAUAAUUUAAAGAAAAUUCCAAGAUAUUCUUCAUGUUCAAAACUAACGUCAGAGAGUGAAAUUAUCCUCACAAUAAAAUUUAAGAGCAGAUAUUACGUUAAUCAAAUUAUCCUAUAUCCGCUUUUUGAUACAGAUAUUGAUUCGCUAUAUAAUGUUUCGAUAUACGUUGCAUUUGACAAUGGAGUCGAUCGGCAAUUUUGCGGGAGAUUGACUGAUAAAGUGGAACCAAUAAGAUCUCUUAUUCUGAUCAAUUGCCACCAACCCAUAGAAGGAAAUCAACUGUUAAUCGUCAAAAAUCUUUCAAGAAAAAAUGAGUUGCAUUUUUGUGAAGUAAAAGCGUUUGGUAGAUUAUCAGCCUUAAGAGAAAUUUCGUGGUUAAAAAUAACAAAAGAAAAGAAAUUGAAAUCAAGUACAUUAAUUCUGUCGCAACUGCAAAAGGAACAGACUUUUAUAUCUUGUUUAAUUUUAUGUAAAUUAAACAUGUGCCUAUCUUUCUCCUACAAUUUCAAGGAGAAGGAGUGCCUUCUAACUUCCUCGAAUAUUACGAAUGAACUUGAAGAUUCACUCGAUUCGGCUGUUGGACAUACAUUAUUAGUGAAUGUUGGUAAAAAAUCAGAGAAAAAAUGCCAAGUAUGAACAUAUAGAGACUAAUAAUUCUUCAAUGAAUGUUUCUCUCUCUGUCUCAAUUUCUUUUCUUUAUAUUACAAAAAUA